CAAAUUGUUAUACGUAAAAAUGUUCGCACGUGUAAAAACUGUAAUUACGUGCCCGUUAUGGCAAUACAAAGCAGCGCCACUUUUCACUUUCAUUCGCUUCGUCAGCGCGUGAGAAACACUCACCCUCUCACUAUACUGUAACUGACAUCCAUGCCGCUCGACACAACCCACGAUCGCCAAAACCAGUCAAUCAAGAAACGCAAUUUGGCAUUUAUCUACUCUAUUUUUGAUUAAUUAUUCGUACUAUGCGUGUAUCUCUCUAUAUCCUCUCAGAUACACACGCAGCAGACAGACAGACGAUCACACUUUGAUGUGGGUGCAUUCGACUUUUGGCGAGGCUGAAAUGAAGUGUUUGCAGUUGUAUUGAGCUCUAGAAAUCGCGGAUAUUUUCAGUGUUCAAACAGUUGGAUGCCAUGAAUCUGAGGCAGCGACCGCCUCCGACGCGCAACCGUGGGCCUUACGCGGCUCAGCCUCCACCACCGCAGCUGUUGUCGGAGCCCUUCAACAUCAUUCCAAUACACAACCUCCUCCUGGACCACCCCUCCCUCCGCUUCCCAGAGGUACGCGCCGCCGCCGCCGCCUUGCGCUCCGCCGGGGACCUCCGCAAACCGCCGUUCAACCCAUGGCACGACUCCAUGGACCUCCUAGACUGGCUCGGCUUGUUCUUCGGCUUCCAAAGGGACAACGUGAGGAAUCAGAGGGAGCAUUUGGUGCUCCACUUGGCCAACUCCCAAAUGCGCCUACAGCCGCCGCCCUCCGCCCCCGACCGCCUCGACGGCGGCGUGCUCCGGCGGUUCCGCGUGAAGCUCCUGAAGAAUUACAACUCGUGGUGCUCGUAUUUGGGGAAAAGGUCUCAAGUUCGUCUCCCCAGCCGCCACAACCCGGAUCUCGAACGCCGUGAGCUCUUGUAUGUGUGCCUUUAUCUACUGAUAUGGGGCGAAGCCGCAAACUUGCGGUUUCUCCCCGAGUGUUUGUGUUACAUAUAUCAUCACAUGGCGUUGGAACUUAAUUUCAUUCUUGAUGAUCAUGUUGAUGAGAGUACUGCGCAGCUUUUUGUUCCGUCUACUUGCAAGCAGUAUGGUUUCUUGGAUUAUGUUGUUAAGCCGAUUUAUACUACGAUAAAGGGUGAGGCCGCCAGGAGCAGGAAUGGGACUGCUCCACAUUCCGCGUGGAGAAACUAUGAUGAUAUUAACGAGUACUUUUGGAGUAGGAAAUGCUUCAAGAGAGUCAAAUGGCCUCUUGAUUUGUCAAGUAACUUCUUUUUGACUGCAGGCGAAAAGAGGGUGGCGAAGACGGGGUUUGUGGAGCAGCGGACCUUUUGGAAUGUGUUUCGGAGCUUUGAUAGGUUGUGGGUGUUGUUAAUACUCUAUUUUCAGGCUGCUGCAAUUGUUGCUUGGGAAAGGAGGGAGUAUCCAUGGCAGGCAUUGGAGAGCAGGGACGUGCAAGUGGAGUUGCUUACAAUAUUCAUAACGUGGGCUGGUUUGAGGUUUGUGCAAUCGAUUCUUGAUGCUGGCACGCAGUAUAUUUUGGUUACUAGAGAUACAAAGUUGCUUGGUAUCAGAAUGGUUUUGAAAAGUUUGGUUGCUAUGACUUGGGCAAUUGUAUUUGGUGUUUUCUAUGGACAGAUUUGGAGCCAGAAGAAUUCGGAUGGGAUGUGGUCAGAUGAAUCAAACCAAAGGAUUUUUACAUUUCUUAAAGCUGCUUUAGUCUUUGUCGUUCCUGAAUUACUUGCCUUGAUCCUGUUCAUUGUUCCUUGGGUCCGCAAUGUGAUUGAAGAGGCGAAUUGGCGAGUUCUGUAUGUUUUAACAUGGUGGUUCAACACCCGAACAUUUGUGGGGAGAGGUGUUAGAGAGGGGUUAGUUGACAAUGUAAGGUACACCGUGUUCUGGGUGGCAGUGUUGGCUUCCAAAUUCGCUUUCAGUUACUUCCUUCAAAUUAAACCUCUUGUAGAACCAACAAGAAUACUCCUCAAUCUCACAGGCGUGAAAUAUCCUUGGCAUGAAUUUUUUACUAGCACCAACAGAAUGGCAGUGGUGGUGUUGUGGGCGCCAGUUGUGUUGAUAUAUUUAGUGGAUAUGCAGAUCUGGUAUACAAUAUUUGCCUCUCUGUGGGGGUCGGCAAUAGGGUUGUUCUUACAUAUAGGCGAGAUUCGAAACAUUGGCCAGCUCAGGCUUAGAUUCCAGUUCUUUGCAAGUGCAUUGCAGUUUAAUCUGAUGCCAGAGGAUCAGACUCUUAGUUCGGAGGCAAACGUAGUUCACAAACUGCGUGAUGCAAUUCACCGUCUUAAGCUCCGUUAUGGCCUUGGUCAGCCAUACAAGAAGAUGGAAUCAAGUCAGGUUGAAGCUACUAGGUUUGCACUAAUAUGGAAUGAGAUAAUCAUCACUUUAAGAGAGGAAGACCUCCUCAGCGAUCAUGAACUGGAGCUACUGGAAUUGCCACCCAACUGUUGGGAUAUCAAAGUAAUACGGUGGCCCUGUGCUCUAUUGUGCAAUGAGCUGUUAAUUGCUCUGAGCCAAGCUAGAGAACUUGCAGAUGCACCUGACAGGUGGUUGUGGUCUCGUAUAUGCCAGAAUGAGUAUCGAAGGUGUGCAGUCACUGAAGCUUAUGAUAGUCUCAAGUACUUGCUUCUUGAGAUUAUAAAAUAUGAAUCAGAUGAACACUCAAUAGCUACAAGAUUUUUCAAGGAGGUUGAUGAUCACAUUAGCUUCGAAAAGUUCACAGGGGUCUAUAGAACAUCAAUUCUUCCCAAAAUUCAUGACCGGUUGAUAUCUCUUAUUGAGCUUCUCCUCAAGCCUGAGAAGGAUAUCGAUAAAUUGGUGAAUGUACUUCAAGCCUUGUAUGAGCUUGCAGUACGGGAACUUCCACGAGUGAAGAAGACUGUUGGUCAGUUAAGGCACGAAGGUUUGGCACCUUCCAAUCCAAACGCUGCAGUCUUACUAUUUGAAAAUGCAGUUCAGGUGCCAGAUGUUGAUGAUGCGUUCUUCUACAGGCAGUUGCGUCGUUUGCACACAAUUCUUAGUUCACGGGACUGGAUGCAGAAUGUCCCAAAAAAUCUGGAGGCAAGACGACGGAUUGCUUUCUUUAGUAAUUCCCUAUUUAUGAACAUGCCUCGUGCGCCACAGGUUGAGAAAAUGAUGGCCUUCAGUGUCUUGACUCCUUACUAUGACGAGGAAGUCUUGUUCGGAAAGGAAAGUCUGAGAAGUCCCAAUGAAGAUGGUAUCUCAACCUUGUUUUAUCUGCAGAAAAUUUAUGAUGAUGAGUGGGCAAAUUUUAUGGAACGUAUGCGCGGGGAAGGACUGCAAGAUGAUGGUGAAAUAUGGACUUCCAAAUCAAGGGAUCUCAGGCAAUGGGCAUCCUGCAGGGGUCAGACACUGUCUCGAACUGUCAGAGGAAUGAUGUAUUACUACAGGGCUCUUAAGAUGCUUUCCUUUCUUGAUGACGCCUCGGAGAUGGACAUAAGACAAGGAUCACAAGAUAUUCCUUCAGCUGGUUCAUUGAGAAAUAACAGCAGCAGCAUCAAUAUUCAAGGCUUAGGCACACCCAAUGCUCGAAACCUCAGGAGGGCAGGAAGUAGUGUCAGCCUGCUUUACAAAGGCACCGAGUUUGGUGUUGCUCUUAUGAAGUUCACUUAUGUGGUUGCCUGCCAAAUGUAUGGGGUGCAUAAGGGGAAAGGUGAUUCACGCGCUGAUGAGAUCUUAUACUUGAUGAAAAAUAAUGAGGCCCUUCGAGUUGCUUAUGUUGAUGAGGUUCACUUGGGAAGAGAAGAGGUGGAAUACUAUUCGGUCUUGGUGAAGUAUGAUCAACAGCUAAAAAAAGAAGUGGAAAUCUAUCGCAUCAAAUUACCUGGCCCGCUGAAACUUGGGGAGGGUAAACCUGAAAAUCAAAAUCAUGCAAUAAUAUUCACCCGUGGUGAUGCUUUGCAGACAAUUGACAUGAAUCAGGAUAGCUACUUUGAGGAGGCACUUAAGAUGCGGAAUCUGUUGGAGGAAUUCAAAGUCAAUUAUGGCAUCAGGAAGCCGACAAUUCUGGGGCUUCGUGAAAAUAUAUUCACGGGUUCUGUUUCAUCAUUAGCUUGGUUCAUGUCUGCUCAGGAGAUGAGUUUUGUCACACUAGGGCAGCGUGUACUCGCCAAUCCUCUGAAAGUGAGGAUGCACUAUGGACAUCCUGAUGUCUUCGACAGGUUCUGGUUUUUGACUAGAGGUGGUAUAAGCAAAGCUUCAAGAGUUAUCAAUAUUAGUGAAGACAUAUUUGCUGGAUUCAAUUGCACAUUAAGGGGUGGCAAUGUGACUCAUCAUGAAUACAUGCAAGUGGGUAAGGGAAGGGAUGUAGGAUUGAAUCAGAUCUCCAUGUUUGAGGCCAAGGUUGCAAGUGGAAAUGGGGAGCAGAUUUUGAGCAGAGAUAUAUACAGAUUGGGUCAUAGACUUGACUUCUUUCGUAUGCUUUCUGUCUUCUAUACAACAGUGGGUUUCUUCUUCAACAACAUGAUGGUGGUGAUCAUGGUUUACACAUUUCUGUGGGGACGCUUGUACCUUGCUCUCAGCGGUGUUGAGGAGUAUGCUACAAAUUCUGAGAACAAUAAGGCCUUAGGUGCAAUUAUAAAUCAGCAAUUCAUUAUCCAGAUUGGUAUUUUCACAGCCCUUCCAAUGAUUGUAGAGAACUCACUUGAACAUGGGUUUCUUUCAGCAAUUUGGGAUUUUCUCACGAUGCAGUUGGAGCUUGCUUCAUUUUUCUAUACUUUUUCAAUGGGAACACGUGCACAUUUCUUUGGUCGGACCAUUCUGCAUGGAGGUGCCAAAUACCGUGCAACAGGGCGUGGUUUUGUUGUGCAGCACAAGAGCUUCGCGGAAAAUUACAGGCUAUAUGCCCGGAGCCACUUCGUGAAGGGCAUUGAACUUGGAGUUAUUUUGAUUGUUUAUGCCUCCACUAGCCGGUCCACAAUAGAUGCCUUUGUUUACAUUGCCAUGACAAUAUCUAGUUGGUUCCUUGUAGUAUCAUGGAUCAUGGCUCCCUUUAUCUUUAAUCCUUCUGGUUUCGACUGGCUGAAAACUGUAUAUGAUUUUGAUGAUUUUGUAAACUGGAUAUGGUACAGAGGGAUUUUAGUGAAAGCCGAUCAGAGCUGGGAGACGUGGUGGUAUGAGGAACAGGACCACUUUAGAACAACUGGUCUCUGGGGAAAAUUGCUGGAGAUAAUUUUGGAUCUUCGAUUCUUCUUUUUCCAGUAUGGUAUUGUGUACCAUUUGGAUAUUUCAAAUGGUAAGACAAGUAUUAUUGUAUACUUGUUAUCAUGGAUCUAUCUAAUUGUGGCUGUGGGUAUAUAUAUAGUCGUAGCAUAUGCCCGGGAUAAAUAUGCUGCAACGGAGCACAUCUAUUAUAGAGUGGUUCAAUUCCUUGUUAUUGUCGUUAUAGUGCUUGUGGUUGUUCUACUUCUACACUUCAGCGACGUCACGGUUAGUGACUUUAUCAAAAGUUUUAUGGCAUUUGUCCCAACUGGAUGGGGCAUCAUACUUAUUGCCCAAGUGCUCAGGCCUUUCCUGCAGUCCAGUGUAGUUUGGGAGACCGUCGUGUCCUUGGCUCGUAUAUAUGAUAUGAUGUUUGGAAUAAUAGUCAUGGCUCCAUUGGCCCUUCUCUCAUGGAUGCCUGGAUUUCAACAGAUGCAAACAAGGAUACUCUUUAAUGAAGCUUUUAGCCGGGGACUUCAAAUUUCUCGUAUUCUCACCGGAAAGUCUAACACCGAGACAUGAUUUUGAGGGCUCUGAUUAUAUGGGAAAAGUAUGAUUGCGUCCAAGGCCCACUGCAUUGGUGUCAGGAAGAUAUGUACCUUGUGGAUUAUUAAUCAUCCUCCAAUUAUGUCAAUCUUAUCUAUCUCAUCCACCAAACCAAAUGCCUCGUUAGAGAAUAUCAUAUGACCAUAUGAAUCAAAUUGGAGAAAGAAGCUCUCCUGGAGCUGAGUUGAGUAAAGAGUGUUUAUGGUGCGCUGCGCUGCCUUGGGAUUCUGCAACUAGACUUGUUUCCUAGUGUUUGUGUGGAUCAUGUGAUGUGCCAAGAACCAUGUUGCAGGUGCUAUAGAAUGGUGAUGAAGAUCAUGGUUCCUAUUGACAUUGUGCAGUAGAUUAUAAUUAUAAAUUUGGGCUCUCCAUGGCAGUAGGUAAAGCAGACAGUCAUUGCUGUAGUAUCGAUUUUCAUUUUUGGGAUUGUACAUGCACAACUAGUCAUUUGUUAAUAGUCGGCAUUUUGUUUUAGUAGCUUUGGAUGCUUAUGGGCAGGAAUUUGACCAUCCUAGUUGCGAUUCCAUUUCAGUUGAUGUAAUUUUUUGCAUUAACAAACAUCCAGACUCCAUUCGAGUA